UGAUGAACAGAUGGAGGUUAAAAAUACCACCACAAGCUGCUCUCCAGAUAUAUUCCUUUAGGGAGAUCUUUGAUGGACAUUAACUAUGACUAUGACUACACAGUUCUCCCUCCUAAGCUGUGAUGUCUCCCAAGAGUUGGAUAGAUCAUAGAUUACAACAAAGGGCACCAAGAAUGGGGUGGGUUUCAGUACCUUGCUGGCCAUUGCAAAGAGGCAUCCUCUUCCUCUGCCUGGUGAUUCUCUGUAUUGAGUCAGUGACCACUGGCAACCAGAACUCCCAGAGGCAGACAGUUCAGUCUCAGGUAAAGCCAGGUACGUGUGAGGUAAUAGCUGCCCGUCGCUGCUGUAAUAAGAAUAAGAUUGAGGAGAGAUCUCAGACAGUCAAGUGUGCUUGCCUACCUGGACAGGUAGCUGGAACAACUCGAGCCCAGCCCUCAUGUGUGGAGGCCUCCAUCGUGCGUCAGAAGUGGUGGUGUCAGAUGUUGCCUUGCUUGGAAGGAGAGGAGUGUAAAGUGCUUCCGGACCUCACUGGCUGGUCCUGCAGCUCUGGGAAUAAAGUUAAAACCACCAAGGUGACACGGUAACAAGAACACAACUGUUGAGAGAAGCUCUGCUCAGCGGAGACCCUGGGACAUGUUAUCACAUGGAACUGUGAACAAAGCUGACAAGCUACUUGGGGAGAAAAGGAUGGGCAGGACCAGAGCCGGUCGAGACUGCAGACUACAGAAUUAGCACAGUCUCAGGUGUAUUCUGCAUGUUUCAGCGAUAACUUGGAGUGAUACGUUCACGAGAGUGGAUUUAAAAUGAAGUCGACCGAUAAGACCGUACCAAGAAUGAUGUUAGUCGAUGUUUUACAUUUCAUAUUUUACAGUGGGUUGCUCCCAUGAUAAUUUGGUGUGUUUAAAUCAUGUCUAAGCUUCUUAGUCCCCAGUAGCCCUCCCUUAUCUGUUCUCAUUCUUGUUUGAGUACCUUCCUGCAGGAUGGGUCAUUCAAGUAAUGA